CUCAUUGGCAGGGGCGUGGCUGACGGUCUGUGCGGAACAUGGCGGAGCGCGGGAGAAAGCGCCCGUGCGGCCCGGGUGAACACGGCCAAAGGAUUGAGUGGCGAAAAUGGAAGCAACAGAAGAAAGAGGAGAAAAAGAAAUGGAAGGAUCUCAAGCUGACGAAAAAACUGGAGCGGCAGCGGGCACAGGAGGAACAGGCAAAGCGCCAGGAAGAGGAGGAAGCAGUGGCAGAGAGGGAGGACCGCGGGCGGCCCUACACCUUAAGCAUAGCCCUGCCGGGCUCCAUCCUGGACAACGCCCAGUCGCCGGAGCUUCGCACCUACCUGGCCGGUCAGAUUGCCAGAGCCUGCGCCAUCUUCUGUGUGGAUGAGAUUGUGGUGUUUGAUGAGGAGGGCCAGGAUGCCAAGACUGUGGAGGGGCAAUUCACAGGAGUUGGCAAGAAGGGGCAGGCGUGCGUGCAGUUGGCCCGGAUCCUGCAGUACCUGGAGUGUCCGCAGUACCUGAGGAAGGCGUUCUUUCCCAAGCACCAGGAUCUACAGUUUGCAGGUAAGGUUGUGUGGGCCCACCCCCCAUUUCCCCUGGAUGGUGCCACAGACACUGAGAGACCACCCAGUCCUACCCCGCACUAUCCAGGUGGGAAAGCAGGCCCAGGAGAGCAAGACCUGUGCCUGAUGCCAAGCUGCAGGUCUGUGGCAGAGCUGAGCCUCUGCUCCAGCGUCCCCACUGCACCCUGUGUGCCCAGCAGUUCCCAGACUCCUCCCGGCCCUGCCUCCACAGGGCUCCUGAACCCCUUGGACAGCCCCCACCACGUGCGUCAGGACGAGGAAUCCGAGUUCAGAGAGGGCGUCGUGGUGGAUCGGCCCACCAGGCCAGGCCACGGCUCCUUUGUUAACUGUGGCAUGAAAAAGGAGGUGAAGAUCGAUAGGAACCUGGAGCCCGGGCUUCGAGUGACCGUGCGACUGAACCAGCAGCAGCUGCCAGAAUGCAAGACCUACCGUGGCAAGGUGGUAUCAUCGCAGGACCCUCGCACCAAAGCUGGUCUCUACUGGGGCUACACCGUCCGUCUGGCCUCCUGCCUCAGUGCUGUGUUUGCUGAAGCCCCCUUCCAAGAUGGGUAUGACCUGACCAUCGGGACUUCAGAACGCGGCUCAGAUGUGGCCUCUGCCCAGCUUCCCAACUUCAGGCAUGCUCUUGUGGUGUUCGGGGGCCUCCAGGGGCUGGAAGCUGGAGUGGAUGCUGACCCCAACCUGGAGGUGGCUGAACCCAGUGUCCUCUUUGACUUGUACGUCAACACGUGUCCUGGCCAGGGGAGCCGCACCAUCCGCACGGAGGUGAGCCCACCUGCCUCCCCGCCGCCAGCCGCUGGGGCCUCAGGAUCGCUCCAAGUAGGGGCUGCCACUCUUGCCCUUCCACUCACCCUUGCCGGUGGCUGCCUUGUCUGGGGGUGGUCCUCUCACCGCCUCUCAGCCUCUGACCACAGCAGUCUCGUGGCAGGGACAGGACAUGACCUUAUACCCAACACUGCAUCAGGCGGAGUACAGCUAGGAGUCAGCCCUGGGUGCGAGCGCCCGUCCUGGGCUUCUAGGAUAUGUGACCUAGGGGCUCUGCCCACCCCUGCUCUGGCCUCUGCGUCCUUAGCUGUGCGCAUUCGGUGAUCUUCCAGGGUUCUGGUUCUGUCCCUUGUGUGUGACCAUGGUGGCCACAGCAACACUCCCCUUGGGGUUUCACUUGCAUCUGUCCCACAGGGGAAGCUGCGUGCAGUUGGAGCCUUCCCAGGGACGGCUCUACCCACCCCUGGGCCUUAUGGAACCUAUGCAGUCACUUCUGGAGUCAGGCAUAGGACACUGUGCUAUGGGCGCUCUGCUGGGGCGGCUGGUACUCCCAUCAGUCCCGCAGCGUGGCCAGCCCUGUCUACCCAUCCCUAAGGCCUUGUCCAGGCCAAGCGCUCUGAGCCUGCCAGCCAUAUGCCCCAGCAAGAACCGUGGCCCCCACCCUUCCAACACCUGUGUGAGGGCUGAGAACUUCCUGCCCAUCUCCUUGACCUCCCCUGGCCCGGGGAGGUGGGCAUUGCUACCUUCACCCCCAUUUUACAGAAGCGGAGACUGAGGAGCAGGCUGUGUGGCUCUCCAGGUGGCAGGUGUGCAGUGUGAACCUGGGCCUGUCAACCUCACCAGGCCCUGCUAAGGACAGUGGGCCCAGUGGGCUGCGUCUUGGGCAGCCAGCCUCUGAAGACAGGUUGGGAGCGGGGGCACCCGCUGGUCUCCAGGCCCCAGCCCACUGCCACAUUUCUCUUCCAGGAAGCCAUCCUCAUCUCCCUGGCUGCCCUGCAGCCUGGCCUCACCCAGGCAGGUGCCCGCCACACCUGA